AUGGACGGAUGGAUGGAUGGGACGGGCAGGUUUUUGUAAACCCUGAAGAAAACCGAGCACAGUAAAGCACAGCAUAAAGCAUAACUCUCCUACUCACAUGAUACACAUAGAAUAUCACCUCGUAGUUAAACAUAUCAAGAGAAAAUAAAGAUGCUGCCAGCCUACAAUAAUAUUUAUACAUGUGAUGUGAGGAGAGAACACCGCAGCUCAUAGCUGAAAAGUAUGCCGAAAACUUUUUAUCAAGGUCUCAAAGACAGUGACGCUUAUCUGUAUAAGUGCCCUUAACUAGCUCAUUAUACAUCAUUACAUUAUUCUAGCUACCACGUUUUCCCCUAGUGAAUGAGGCAACCAAAACACGUGCCUGGGCAGCACAAUAGAAGAUUUAUUUACUCCAGUAUGGAGAGAGAAGGCGUUUAUCCUCCCCUAUUUGAAGUGUACAGUUAGUGUAGAACAUGCAUCCUAACUUUCUUCUACUUCGUUUACAAUUCCUCUAAAAGUUUACGAGAUGCCACUACUUGUAUCAGUUUUUUUUUUGUCUGUUUUUUUGCCAGACACAUGCAUCACUUCUUUCAAACUCGCUAAUCAGUUGCAGAUACGUUAGAGAUGCUUUCUUUUUUUCCCUCCUUCUCUUCACUGUUCUUUUCGUGCAAGUCCAUUGCAUGUUUUUGUAAGGCGCUGAAGCGUUUCUUUCCCACUUCAAAUCUCGCAUUUUCUUACCAAAAUUAGUUUUUGAACAACAUAUUGUGAAAUCUUCUGCUUCUUCACUCUGGAUUCUCUGGAUGCAGGUGUGUAGAAUCAUCAUGUCAGUAAUGUGGGACAUUUGGGACUCACUAUUUAGAACGCAAAACAUUUACUUCAGUUCUUCUUAAGCUGUUGAAAAAGUAAAUGCUUUCUGUUAAGGUUAGGUUUUUAAGCAAAAAGUUCUCCACCACAACAGAGUUCCUGUUGAUUUUCUAGAUUCUCCAUGCGUAGUCAGAUAUGCUUUUUUUGUGCAAGGGUGUUGGGUUUUUAUAAAGCAGUAUUCAGGUGGUUCAUGGGGAAUUGCAGCUACAAUAGGGUGUGUGAAGUGUGUGGAAAUCGUACUAGGCAAAAACACAGCUCUACUUGCAGAGUCAUCGGAAGUUCAAAUGAUUUCAGGUUUUGCAUACUGAAGUUUUUGCAGGAGUUACUAAAAAUGAAAAAGAAAUCCUGAAAUAUCACAUUUUUACACAAAUAUUCAGGAUCUUAGAGUUUCUACAACUCGAAUAAAGUUCACCUGUGGCAAAGUCACUGGAUUGGAUAUCAUUUGGCAAGACUCAUCUCUGUCUAUAAAAAGUCUCACAGCUAAUAUUGAAAGCAAAAAAAAAAAAAAAAAAAAAGCCAUGAGGUUAAAGGAUCAGUUUCAGGACAAGUGUGUGUGAAUGUCUGAGUGCCCCAGUCAGUGCACGGACUGGAAACUGAUUAAAAGUUAAUGGAAAGAUCUGGAAAUUGCACUUGUGUGAUGCUUCCCAUCCAACCCGACCAGUUUAUACCAUCAUACUCAAGAAGACUUCAAGCUGUAAUCGCCGCCAAAGGUGUUUCGACAGAAUGUGUGAAUGAGUGUCUGAAUGCUUGUGUAAUAUAAUCCAUUUUACAAAGCUUUGCAAAACUCAGUGUUUAUUCUUUUUCAUUAUUCCAUUUUCUCUCUCAAUCCCCAGUAAGCGUUUUGCGUGUCAUCUUGUGGAAUGCGGCCAUAAGGCAGGUGGAAUGUGGAUGCUUUGAAAGUGUUCCCCUGUGAUAAAACCCGCCAGCGGCAGCACUUUUUAAAGUUUAAAAAAAAAAAAAAAAUUCAGCUGUUCAGUAUAGUGCCGGGUGAUGAAGUGAUGUGCUUUGCUUUUUUUUUUUUUUUUUAACCUCCUGAACAAUCAGGUUGUGAUUUGGGGAUAUGCAAGAAAAACAAACAUGGAAGACUAAGCAUCAUUCUCUUGUUAGUAAAGGAAAAAAAUUCUCUUGUUAGUAAGCAAAUCUAAAGUGAUUUGUGACAUCGGAAAUAUUUUAUUGCCGACAUUCCCAUUUUGCAAUAUAACUACAAAUAACAACUUUGCUACAGGGUGUUCCAAAAGUGUCCAUAUAUAGGGGAAAUUAACAUUUUUUAGCAAAAUGUCUUCCAAAAUUAUUCAUACUUAGUUUAUAUUAUAUAUUUUUUUCAGAUAGCCUUUAAGAAAGCCUUUGACAAAAGAAGAACAUAUUGAAUUCAUUCUCAUGGCUGGAUCGGGAAGCUGUCGCAAGGUUGCGGUGGACUUUAACAGGAAACAUGGAAAGCACAUCACAUGACACUGCUGCCAAACUUAUUAACAAAUUCAAACAGACUGGAAGUGUUGCAGACCAACCGAGAAGUGGACGUCCACGAACAUCCACUGACACAACUGACGUGGUGCUGGCGUACACAGUCCCCUAUGUAUGGAGUCUUUUGGGACGCCCUGUAUUUUUUGAGACAUUCAUCAGAUGACUGGAGUGGCUUCAGUUCGAGCAGAAUUCAAGCACACAGCAAUGCAGACAGCAGAGCUCAGAGUUUGGAAACCCUUCCCCCAGGGAAGGUCAGGUGGCAGGACUUUGAUCAGGACCUGUAUGUGGGGGCGACGGUGGUGAAGCCGGGACAGGAUCCCUACGCCCGAAACAAGUUCAACCAGGUGGAGAGUGACAAACUGCGAAUGGACCGCGGUGUCCCCGACACCAGACACGACCACUGUCGCCAUAAGCAGUGGAGGACGGAUCUGCCUGCAUCCAGUGUGGUGAUCACGUUCCAUAAUGAAGCUCGCUCUGCUUUAUUACGCACCAUAGUCAGUGUUCUGAAGAAGAGUCCUCCCCACCUCGUCAAAGAAAUCAUCCUCGUAGACGAUUACAGCGACAACCCUGAAGACGGGGCCUUGCUCGGGAAAAUCGAGAAAGUCCGGGUUCUUAGAAACGAUAGACGUGAAGGUCUGAUGCGAUCACGUGUCCGAGGAGCAGAUGCAGCCACAGCCAGUGUCCUCACUUUCCUGGACAGCCACUGUGAGUGUAAUGAACACUGGCUAGAGCCUCUCCUGGAGAGAGUUGCUGAGGACAAGACGCGUGUUGUCUCACCCAUCAUAGAUGUCAUCAACAUGGACAACUUCCAGUAUGUGGGAGCGUCUGCAGAUCUCAAAGGAGGUUUUGACUGGAAUCUGGUGUUUAAGUGGGACUACAUGACGUUGGAGCAGAGACGGGCGAGGCAGGGGAACCCCAUUGCUCCUAUCAAGACUCCUAUGAUAGCUGGUGGCCUCUUCGUCAUGGACAAAAGUUACUUUGAGGAACUCGGGAAAUACGACAUGAUGAUGGAUGUGUGGGGUGGAGAAAAUCUUGAAAUCUCGUUCCGGGUGUGGCAGUGUGGUGGCAGUCUGGAGAUCAUUCCCUGCAGUCGAGUGGGACACGUGUUUAGGAAGCAGCAUCCUUACACAUUUCCUGGAGGCAGUGGCACCGUGUUCGCCAGGAACACCAGACGAGCAGCAGAGGUAUGGAUGGACGAUUUCAAGAAUUUUUAUUAUGCUGCUGUACCUUCUGCAAGGAAUGUGCCCUAUGGCAAUAUUCAGAGCAGGCUGGAAAUGAAGAAGAGAUUAGGCUGCAGGCCAUUUAAAUGGUACCUGGAGAACGUGUACCCAGAACUCAGGGUCCCUGACCAUCAGGACAUUGCAUUCGGGGCUCUGCAGCAGGGCGGGAACUGCCUCGACACGCUGGGCCACUUUGCCGAUGGUGUGGUGGGAGUCUACGAGUGCCACAACGCAGGGGGCAACCAGGUAGCAUUCAGAUCUCAGGAGUGGGCCUUGACUAAAGAUAAGUCGGUGAAGCACAUGGACCUGUGUCUGACUGUGGUGGAGCGCAUGGCAGGAUCUCAGAUCAAACUGCAGGGCUGCAGAGAAAACGACAGCAGACAGAAAUGGGAACAGAUCGAGAACAACACUAAACUGCGACACGUGGGUAGUAAUCUGUGCCUGGACAGCCGGAGCGCCCGUAAUGGGGGCCUGACGGUGGAGGUGUGCAAUCCCUCUCUCACUCAGCAGUGGAAGUUCACCCUCAACCUGCAGCCCUAGUCCCUAGCCCCUACGUCCUGCGUCCUUGGCGGGUCACAGAGCAGUGUGCGGUCUUUGAGAGAACGCUGCCCAGCCGCAGUGGGUCUGCUCGCCCCUUCCCCCUCACCCAGGGCUAUGGGGCCAAACAGACACAAAAACAAACACAAAAACUUUUUUCCAUCCAACUAUAUACCUCACCAUUUUAUUUUUGGUCCAGCUCUUAAUUGAAAUGCAUAGGAUUUGAGGUAUUUUAUUUUCUUCCUAUUUCUGAUGCCAGCCAAAUGGAUUUAAUUUUUGUUGCCCUUCUUUUUCUCAUUUUUUCAUCUUUUUUUUUUCCUUAGGAUUUUUUUUAAUUAAUCAAAUUUGUGUUUGUUUCAUGUAACCAAUAAUGUUGAAUGUAAGUGACGCUCCACAGAGGCUUCUUUCGCGAUUGGGAAAAAAAACGAGGACCUUUCCUGUUUAGUUCCACCUUCUUAGCCCAGCACAGGAGUGUGUGUGUGUGUGAGAGAGAGAGAUUCUGCAGGCCUCAGUUUGUGUGAACACUGUGUACAGUCUGUUCAACAAACAAACAAAAAAAUAAUCAGAGGCCAGCUUUGUCUUUUCCCCCCUGCAGCUUCUAACAAAUUGUCAUUCUAUCUAUUUUGCAUCUUGAAUGUGCAAUGAAGAAAGUUCUGUUUCCUCUUUGAGCCUCGAGAGUGUUUUGGUGGAGAAACAACAGGACACCAUGUAGUGCUCUGCGCUACCAUUCAGCGUCGGUUGCCUUUGUCACGAAAUGGACAAUAAGGUGUACUUUUGUUUAUUUCCAUAAUCAUCACAUUGUCCUGUCAUGAGGAUUUCUUGAUUCAAGUCAUAAUUUGUAGCUGCAUUACGUAGAAUCAUUCCAUUGACGAGAUGGUAACUGUAACCGUGUACUGUUUCAGUCACUUUGAUAUGAAAAUGUAUUUGUGCAUUAUGUUAGGGUCAGCGUGUGGUCACUGUGAUCAACCCGAAUCCCAGUGGCAGGACCUGCUCAAGUUUUGAUCAUGGGCUUCCCAAAACAAGAGAGAGGAAAUGGUUUCAGAUGGUUUAAUUUGUGUAUUGCACAUUAUAUUUUACUUGAUUUCUUGUUAUUUUAUUGUUUGUCCUUCAGUUGUUCAGUGAUUUAGGUUAACUGCCUUUGACUGUAUCCAUGCUACUGUAAACAGAAAGAGUACCUGUGCUGUGCAGCUCUCAGUCAGGGCUGGAAGUAGCUGGACCUCAACUGGACUCUGAGAGAAAAACCUCCAUGCCGUAGGUGUGCAUUUCUCUCUGUUAUACAUCCUCCAUACUUUUAUGCUUUCUUUCAUCAACUAGAUCAUGACGUUCAUUAUGGUACUUCACACAGUGCUGUGGUUCUGGUUAGUCUGUUAUAAAGGAUGCAAACAGAUGAACAGAGAAGCUUUGAUUAUAGUUCCAUUUUUUUUUUAUUUUAUUUUUUUUACAUUGGUGUGUGUGUCUGAUUGAGCAUAGCCCUGUAGCGUAAUUUAUUCUAGAUUAGGACACAUACUGAUGAGUCUCAGAUAUACUGUAUUCACCAUUUUCACUUUGUUCCUGAGUAUUUUUGACUCCACUACAUCACCCUGUAUUUGUCCAGCUACAGGGAAUCUUUUCCACACGUCCUUGGAAAUGAAUCUAAGGACACUAAGACAAGUUGAAGCCUUGUUGGCUUUGAGUUCAUCAGUGACACUCUGGCACGAGACUGACUGAAUCAGGAUAAAAACCCGACCUGCGUGUGUUUCAUUCCUUGUGUCUGGAGUUGAAAAAGUCAGACAUGAUGCUCUGCUCUAUAUAGAGGGGCUUUUUAUAGAUGGCAAAUGAAAGUACGCAUGUGUUGAGUUUCACUGGUGAAAUACAACUGCCUAUGAUCAUUUUGCCAUUAUUAUGCCAACAUUUGAGCAAUUUUGUACAUUCUGGAAAGAAACCUUUAUAUGAUGUCAAAAAAAAAAAAACCUAGGGCCAAAUUGUGAGAAAUCCAUUGCUUAUGAAUCUGAAUUGGAAUAAAUGUUUACAUAGUA